AUGACAGACAAAGACACAAUGCGGUACCUUUGCUGGAGUAUCGUGACAAUUUGUUUUAUUGGCGAGGUGCUGGGACACGGGAGACUUAUUGAGCCACCAAGUAGAGCCUCGGCAUGGCGAUAUGGCUUCGAUACGCCGCCAAAUUACAACGAUCACGAAUUGUAUUGCGGCGGUUACAACACACAAUGGGCCAAAAAUGAAGGAAAGUGUGGUGAAUGUGGCGACGCUUACAACCUCCAAAAGCCCCGUCCUCACGAAUAUGGCGGCAAAUAUGGACAAGGUGUGAUUGUUCGUUCAUAUAAUCCUGGUUCCGAGAUGAUGAUUCGCGUGGAGCUGACUGCAUCUCACAUGGGUUACUUUGAAUUCCGUCUCUGUGAUCACGUGCAAGCACCACAAUCGUGCUUGGACAAACAUUUGUUGAAACUUAUCGGAGGAACACCCAGUCAACCUCAUCCAAAUGACUUGGAAACGCGUUUCUACCCACGGAACGGCAGUCGAAUCUACGAAAUUCGAGCUCAAUUGCCGAAAAAGCUUGAAUGCACAAAUUGCGUCUUGCAAUGGCGAUAUGUGGCAGGCAAUAAUUGGGGAAUUUGCGCUGAUGGCAACGGAGCUGUUGGAUGUGGACCGCAAGAGGAGUUCAGAGCUUGUUCCGACAUUCAAAUUGGCGAAGGCAAGGGCUCCCAACAACCAUCUCGUCCAUCGAAGCCAUCCAUCAAACCGAAACCACCUGUCGUGCCCGAAGGCGGAGCCGAUGGCGACAAAGACCAACAAGUGCCUGGCACAGACACGAACGAGAUUCCACCAGGCCCAUCGUACAUGGGACCAGUUGUGGCACUUUUCUCGCUUUUUCUGGUCUUAUGUGGAUUUGCUGCGAUCUAUCUUUACCACUAUCACGGAAAACGUUUUAAGCUUUUUAUGAGAUGGAACAAAAACAAGCAAGCACCGGUUACACACGUGUCUGCCACGCAUCAUCAGGUUGUGCCAAUUCCGCCAGCGCCCACAGAAAACCCGCCAGUGCCUCCACCUCGCACACGCCGACCACCCGUCAUUAGUCAUAGCAGCACCGUGAUAGGAAGUGAUAAGAAUUUGACUUCCAAUAGUUAGAAGACAUGCUGAAACGGAAAAUUGAAUUAAUUAACUGCACACAUGAUUCUGAAAAAAUUAGAAAUUUAAGUUAUACGAAUCGAAAUUGCCCUGAAUCGAGCUUCAUUUUAAGUUUUUUUUUUAAAUAUCGUCCGAAUUCCUGCCAUUUUUAAAAUACUCUUUAUUUCAAAAUCAAAUAUUUUUAUAGAAACCUUAAACAAGUCGAAACAAAGCUUUGAAUAUAUCGACGAUCGUCUAGGCGACUUGUUUAGUCUUUCAUCUGUCCCUUAUUUAGUUAGAUUUAAGUGAUAAAUUAUAA